AGCACGAAUUGUGGAAUCACCAAACACUGUGAAACAUGGCUAAUAUUGUUACUGUGAUUUGCUAGGUGGUAUUAUUGAUGGAAAUUGCUGAUUAAGAUCAUUAAAGUGAUGCUAUGAGGGGAACUUUGUUUGAAAGUUUUGGCGCGUACUUUUGUAGUGGUGGACGCUGACGGUGGGGUGUUAUGGCGUCACGGAAUCGAAACUCACUUUCCUCGACCACUCGCAGUCCUUCGCCGGACAAAUCUUUGGGAUCAGCGACGCCAUCGCUUUUGGCAUCGACAGACAAAUUAGUAGCUUCUUUAUCAGAGGAACAAUUAUUGGUACAGAAGAGGACAUUUACAAGAUGGAUUAAUUACUUUCUUCAAAAGCACAAGCCUCCAUUCUAUAUUGACGACUUAAUUGAGGAGCUUAAAGAUGGCACAAAGUUACUGGUCCUGUUAGAAGUAUUGUCAGGAGAACACUUGCCCAAAGAAAAAGGAAAUAAGAGACCCCAUCACCUUGCAAAUGUUGGAGCUGCCUUGAAAUUUUUGACAACCAAAAAUGUGAAAAUUGUAAACAUCCAGAGAGAAUCUGUUGUUGAUGGGAACCAAACUUUUGUUCUUUUAUUGAUCUGGGCCAUUGUUCACCAUUAUCAGGUCGAAGGAUUUUAUACAAGCAAGAAGAAGUCCAGGACAAAGAAAUCUCUCCUGGAAUGGUCUCAGAAAGCUAUCAACAAAGCAACAGGGAGUAGUGAAGCUGUGAAGAACUUUAACACCAGUUGGAAGAAUGGCCUAGCAUUCUUGCAGAUUAUUCAUUCAUUUAGGCCUGAUUUGGUGGAUCUCAGCUCAGUGCAAGGUCGCAGUGACGUUACAAACCUGAAGGAAGCGUUCGAUUUGGCUGAGAAACAUCUCAAUGUACCCAAACUUUUGGAUCCAGAAGACCUUGCUGUAGAAAAACCUGAUGACAGAUCUGUCAUGACAUAUGUGGCAACACUUUCUGACGCUCUUGAGGCACAGACAACGAAGUCUCCAAAACGGCCCUCCUCACCGCCGAAAACUACACCAAAAAGACCGUCCUCGAGCUCUCCGAGCCUCUCUUCAAAAGGAGCCGGGAGUAGAACUUUAAGUCCCGAACCCAGCUCGCCCGGGACAAAGACAGAAAAAGCCAGAAGCCCCUCUCCGGCAAGAACAAGAUCGACAGGAAAAACUUCUCCGACAAAGAGAGGUGACGAAAAGACAGUUGCCUCCUCACCUACUCCUCCCAGAAAAACAAAAGAACAGACUAGAAGAAGUUCAUCGUCUCUGAAAUCCAACGAUCAGAACACUUCCUCCCCGGCAAAUGAAGCAGUUAGAGGAAAGCAGAGUACACCCAACUUGAGCUCAGCUGCGAAGGACAGCUCAAGAAACGGAAGCCCGAGUUCUAAAACAUCAACUGCGGAGGAACCCAUGGACAUCUCUCCUGCUAAAGAAACGAAUCCCUCUCCACCGAAGAGACGCGAAACUCGAUCGCCCAGCCCUUCGCCCACUUCGGCAGCACCAAAAAAGCCUCGGGUAAGCCAAGGGAAACUGUCGGUAGCAUCGGAUCAUGCUGAUAGGUUAAAGAACAAAAGACAUUCACUUGCUGUGGAAAGCACGAAGCUAUCGGUAGCCGGCGAUUCCGGACGCAAGAAGAGGGCCAGUUUUGCUGGUUCGCUAGGUUCGGUGCGUAAGCUUAGCUCAACGGGUCCUGCACCGAUGGAUGUUGAUUCGUCUUCGAGUGAUUUGGAUGAUUCCGAGGACGAUGGUGAAGAGUUUGAGGCAGAAAGUGAAAAGAGAGACGUCGAGCACGAAUUUGAGGAGAUCAUUAAUUGGUUGAACGAUGUGGAGAGUCGAAUUUUACUGAUGGAACAACAGUGGGGCGAAGAAGGUGAAGAAGAGGAAUCGCAAAAGAAACGUAAAGGGAAACUGAUACAAAUAUUCCGUCAGCAAAUUCAGCGCCGUGAGUAUCACAUUAGUCGCAUUAUUGAGACAAAAUACCCCGAGUUCAUCCUCGCUGAAGACAAACUGAAAGUACUGGUCACAAAGUGGGAAAUAGUCAAACAGAAAGUAACUGUGUUGGAGGAGAGAAUCUGGGAAGUAGGACGUUACGUAAAGAAAGAUGGCAAACUUGGUAACCUCUUGUUAUGGUUACACGAAGCCGAGGCCUUGCUUAACUAUUAUGAGUCUGACGAGAGCUGGCUCUGCGAGGUUCCCGCAAAAUUCCUAUUGAAGCAACAUGAGACUUUCUUUAAGGACUUAGAUGAACACUGCAAGGGCCUGGAUGCCAUUCUUCAAUCUGGCGUCGACGAGGAUGUCUUAGUGGACGCAUCCUUACUGAAAGAGGUCGACAUGCGCAUCAAGGCAGUCCAAGGGAAGUCCGCUGACAGGUCAUUGAGGCUCGCUUAUGAGAAAUCCAGGUCGAAAAUCCUAGGACUACUGGAUGCUGGACGGAAACAAAUGAAUUGUCAACCAGCCAAGUACGCCUCGCAAGGUCACGUGGAGAAGGCUCUGAAAGAACACAUGAUGUUUUUUUUUGACAAAAACGUCCUCAAGAAAUGCAAGAAACAUCGACGAAAUCUUCACCACACUGCCGAGGCGUACAUGGAUAUCCUUCCCGAGUCUCGCAAGAUGGAAGUUAAAAGCCUGGUAUGGAACGUAGAUCAACAGGUGGACAAGAUCGUGGAAGAGGCCAGUUCACGACAUAGACACCUUGAAGAUGUUAACAGGAAGUGGAAAACGUUCGAUACGCUGAUUGAGUCUGUUUGCAAAUGGAUGGAAGAUGCUGAAGCGCUGAUCACGAAUGGAACCCUCAAAGCUUGUAAGGAAUACUUGAAGGGUAUCGAGAAAACUCAAGCAGACGCUUCGAUGGCGCAAGAUUGUAGUAAAACAAUUAUUGCACACUGCCAAGACCGAGUGAAAAUUGAGAUCAACCAGAGUCUCCGUGACAUGGAUCGACGUCUUAACCGGAUUAUCAGACGAAAUUCACGAAUCAUGAAAUGCGACAAGCGUAACUCAAAACUAGAACGGUUUGAGGAAACAGUAGAUGGAGUUAUGGACUGGAUUUAUGACGCAGAGCUUUUCGUUUCUUCUGCUGUGGAUGGGACGCACGAGGCGGUCAAGGAACGGACAGACCGACUAGAGGUGACGCAGAGGGAAAUCGGAGAAUGCGAAUCAAAUGUGAACUCAUUAAACAGACUCACUAAAGGCAUCCUGAAAGACUUCAAAACAGAUAUGGCUUCCUCCAUCAAUGCAACUCUGUCAAACAUCAACAGAAGAUUUGAUAAAAUCAAAGCCUCAGUUCCUCACAGGUAUCAUACUUUGAAGCAGAUCCUACCACAGCUGGAACAAUUUGAAACUGGAUUUGAUGACGAAUUAAAAUGGUUGGACGAAGCAUCGGUGGCGCUGGAUGCGUAUAAACAUGUGAACACUUUGGAGGAAGUCGAAAGAGAACUUGGAAGACAUACGAACCUCUUUGAAGACCUUGACCAACAUGGUAACUAUGUGGAGUCCCGAAACCACCUGUACCUCCAGCUUCGAAACUCAGUGGCCGAGAAUGUUGAAUUUUCAAAGCCACAAGAGAAACUUCAUUCCCUCAACACCAAGUGGAAAAUGGUAGAAGGGGGAGAGGAGACACAUUCGCGCAAUCUGGAAGAUUGUUAUAAGCUCUUGAAACAGUUUGAAGAGAACGCCAAAAAAAUGCGGUCGUGGACUUUGGAAUCAGAUUUAUCGAAGGCAUCAGACGACGAGCUCGAAAACUUUCAAGCAAUAUACAAAGACCUUUUAAAAACACACGAACAUCUCCGAGCCAUCAUUCCCAAUGAACAAGUCAAGAGACGUCUGGAGGGUGAAGCUACCUUUAUUGCGCAGGAGUGGGGUGAAGUGUACCAUCGCGAGAAAUCGCGGGUGAUCAGAGGCCAUGUUGAGGAGUUACUAUCGUCUUUAGAUAAGAACAUUGAGGCUCUAGCUAAGGAAUGGGCUGAGGUGAAUGAACAGUUUAGUGCCCAAGGCUAUACUGCGGACCUUCACGAACGUUACCAGCGAGUUCUUUCAUCCCGAGAUGCUUUUCGUAGCAUCGAGGAAGACUUCGAUAACCUCCAGAAAACCAAGUCUAAGGUAAAUUCCCCAGAAGAAGAGGAACAAUUUGAGGAUGCUGUGAAGCAGCUUCGAUCCAAGUGGGAGGUUGUGCAGGGAAAGAUUAAAGAGCUGCACCCCAAGGUCCAGAUUAUGGCAGAUGCCUACUCUGAAUAUAAUGAGAGACUAAUGUUACUUAAAGAAUGGGUGGAAAAGCUUGAAGACGCCUGUGAGGCCUUGGAACGGGUGGAAGAUUACAACGAAUUUCAACCUAUAAUGGAAACAUUUCAGGGUCUCUCGUCUGAAAUUGAUGAAAAAAUUCAAUCGCUUCAAAGACUGAACGAGCUAUCGCAAAAGCUUGGAAGUUCCUCGAAUAAUCUAGCGUUCACUGAAGAUGUUCAAGUCGUUACGCGACGAGUACAUGCUGUGUUACCAACCGUGCGUGACAAAAGUAACAGACUCUCGACCAUGCUUAAGUGCUUUGAACAUCAGCAAUGCACCCAGAAACAUAUCACGUUUCUCAAAGAGGUAAAAAGUCGCCUUGAGGUAGAGUUUUGUGUCGAUGGCGUGGUGGAUGCAGAGAACGAGCUGGAGAAUAUUAAGGACAUCCUAAAAUCUUUAGAUUCUCACCAAACCCAAAUCGAAGAGGAGAUCGCCAAAGGUAAAGAACUGAGUCAAGUGGAUGGCGUUCUGGAUAUGGUGCAGGCUAAUGUGGCUAUGCUGGAAUCUCUAUCCAGUGAGGUAUCCUGUGACUGUCAACAGAGGAAUGAGGAACUGGAGACUGCGCUGAACAACUGGACGCGGUACAAUGCAGCUCUGGAGAGUUUUAAAGAAGCUCUUGCUAAUGGGGAAGUUGAACUUAUGCGAAGGAAGACUUUGAUUGUCACUGGGAUCGAGACAGUUGAGGAACAGAAACAAGAAAUUCAGGAAUUUCAACGAGAUCUUCAAACUCAAUUAGCCGAAUUCAACUUCAUCUUUUCUUUUGGAACUACGAUCAAAAUGAAAGCCAGCGAGGACUGUAAAGCGCGAAUCGAGGACCAACUGAACAGCAUUUCAUCACUCAAAAAGUCACUCUUCGACGAAAUCGCAGCUCUUCUUGAAAGCCUGGACAACAAAGCCAAACAGUGGGAAGGGUUUCAGGAACAGAUGGACAAAUUUGUGGAGUACAUGGACAAGGUGGAUUCCCGACUGGAAAGGAGUCGCAAAGAUAGUAGAGUGUCACAGGAAUGGCUGGCCCAAGUCAAGGGAGUAUCAAAGGAAUUAUUUCAACGUCGGCAAAGUUUCACCGUCUUCCAGGAAGAAGCCCGCAAGCUUUCCGAAGGCGUGACAGAUGCGGGCACCAUGCACUUCAAAGCAAAGCUGUGCAGUUUGAGAGAGCGAUGGAAUGAACUGUUUGAGAAGGCGAGGAUGUCUGAAAGCAACGCAGAACAGGGUCUUAAGCCACUUAAUGAGUAUCAAAAAGUGUUUGAAGAAUUCACUUCUCGUUUUGAAGAACUGGAAGAGAAACUGGCUUCCCAGGUUCCUUAUUUUGGAAGUUCGGAAGAAGUCGCUACUUUCAUAGAAGAAGAUAAGAUACUUCUCGCAGAUCUGCGUGAAUUAAGAGGUGUACUCGACAACUUAAUCUGGAAGGGCUCCGAGCUUUCGGCGAGCACGAAACUCAAGGACCUCGAUAUCAAAGAUACUCUGAAGCAACUAGAAGAGAAAUGGAGCCAAGCCGUGCAAAACGCCGAGAAGAAGCUGGUAGAGUUAGACGACCUCAGAAUGGAGUGGGUCGAGAAGGAAGAGAUGUUAUGCAACAUGGAGUCUUGGGUAACCCAAGCGGAAGACAAGCUGGAGAGCGAAAGAGGAUUGUCAAGCAGGGACGAGCAAAGCUUGAGAGAGGCACUUGCAUAUUAUGAGGGUAUAAAACAAGAGAUGGAAAACUGUGAAGGGGACUUCAAGUCAGCUGUUGAAAAUUAUCAAGAGUUGUCAAACACCAGCAAGUACAUGUUUUACAUCCAAGACAGGUUAGUGGACGAGAAGUGUGAUUCAUUGCGAAAGAAAUGGGACACCCUCACAAACGGCGUUCCAGAGAGAGUAGAAUCUCUCAAGGAGGAACUGAGCGAUUGGAGAAGUUUCCACGAGAAGUUGGACGCGUUUAUAGCCUGGGUCGAGGAAAUGGAGGGGUUCACCAAGAUUGAGAAACCACGCGAUGAGACGGAGGCCGUGCAACAGCUGAAGGGACUGGAGGAAUUUCAGUCGAACUUCAGAAGUCGUCAGGACUCCUUUGAAUCCCUCGUGAAAGAAGGACACGAAGUACGACUUCAAGCUAGUAAAGGUGAAGAAGCCGAAAUACUCGGCGAGAAACUCACGAAGUUAACCGAUCGUUGGGACGAAAUGUUGAGAUGGGCUGCUGGAAGAUACCAACUGCUUGUUCUUUCACGUCACUACCUUGAUACGUCUAAACACGUGGUACAAUACCUGGAAAAGAUCGAGGAGAAGCUAAGUACCGCUAAAGACGUACCUCCUGCAGUGCUGGAAAAAAUCAAGGAAGAGUCCAGAAAAGCCAAGGCCAAGGUUGAUAUGUGGAAGCGGCAGUGUCUUGAUCUAGACGUGGUGUUGAAGGAAGGACAUCUGAUGCUACAGCAGGAGUCAGGUGAAGCCGUUGCUUUCGACGAAAAGCUCGGUAAUCUCAACAGUGAGUGGCAGACGGUCAUACAGGAUGUGGAGGAGAAGAAGAAAAGCAUCGAGAAAACAGCCAAGAAGUGGUGGGACUUUACCAGAAAUAAACUCAAGAUGAUUCGGUGGCUGAAAAAGAAAGAGGGAGACGCGGAGAUGCAAAAAGCUGCCAGCUAUCGCAUCGAUAGUGCUCAGGAUCAGCUGACUGCAUAUCAGGCCAUUCUUGACCGAUUGAAUGCCCAUAAGCGUGACCUAGAGGCAUUGAACAAAGCAGCACAGGAUAUGAUGGAGGUCGAUGCAGACGGAAGUGCAAUGAAGGAGAUCCAGGAGCUGAUCGAGCGAUUUGAAGCUUUGCAGAAGAACAUCACGGAGAGGAGAGAGUUCUUUCAAAGGGUAACAGGGAAAUGGCACAGGUUUGCUGAACAGAAGCACAAAAUGAAUGCGUUCUUUAAGAACACGCAAGGGAUUGUUGCAAGGAGGCAAGUCAGGAACGCUGACGAUUGCAAAAAGCAGAUUGAAGAGUGCAAGGUUGUAGGACAAGAUUUGGUGGACAACGAGUUGGUUCUGGAGGCGGUGAAUCAGGAAGCAUUUGAAUUACUGGAAGAACUGAAACAAGGAGAGGGACUGGUAGAUAUGCAGGGAUUCGAGGAACAGCUGCGAUUGGUGAACGCCAAGUGGAAUGAGGCCAAAGUUAAGGUGGGAACCAGGAAGCAGGCGUUGGAACAAGUGGCCAAUGAAUUUGAAGUUCUGGAGAAAGACACACAGGAACUUCAACAGUGGAUAAUUGACGUCAAGAAGGAACUGGACGCAACCACUGACCAAGAGGACCAGAAUCCUGAUGUUGUCAUACGAAGGCGAAAACUAAAGGAUGAAGUAGCUUCACGCGAGACACGGUUGAAAAGGCUAAGUCUUCAAGCCUUAAAGCUAGUUGAAGAGUUCUCUGACAAUGUCGAUGUCGACGUAAGCGAGUCCUUCCAACCCUUCUUUCAAGAAUGGGGCAGUGUACAAGAACUUGCCGGCAUCCCGCUAGACGACCAACAGAAGGAAACAUUAGAAAAACUUAGACGUCCUGCUUCCGUCCCACCUCAACUCAGUAUCCAAGACGAUAGCGAAGAAGAACUCAUUCCGGAAAAACCCAACAGCUCUCCGUUGCACAGAUUGGGAGUUCGGAGUUUUUCAUUCGGAAGCGAAAACUCUCUAGAUGUUCGCGAUCGUAAAAGUUCUUACGAAUGCUCGAUGGACACACUCUGGAGCUCAAGCAGCACUUUCUCGAUCAACGUAGAAAACAAAGACGAGGAGGACGAUGAAAACGUUGGAGUAUUCAUCGAUAACGCUCUUCGGGGCAACCAGGUAUUUGUUGGAGGCAGCGAACCAAAUCUGCUAGACAGUCGCUCGAGAGAAGGCACUCUAUCGGAUCAAGACUGUAUCAAGGUGGGAGCUUUUAAAUCAAUGGAUAAUGCUUUGGAGGUAGAGGAAUGCUCUAAGGAGAGUAUGGAGACAGUUACUGGUGAAGAGACCUCAAGGCCUGACAGAACUGAAGACGAGAUUAAAUCCCUGCUGGAUGACCUUCUAGAAAGGAUUGUAGAUACUUGUAAGAGACUCUCCGUGUGUGCUUACACCGCCGAUGAUUCAGUGGAUGAGGUUCAGCGAAAACUUCGGGAGGGCAAGAUGUUAGAGGACGACUUGCAAAGUCAAAAAGCGGAACUAGACGACUUAAAGGAGGAUAUGCUGAAGAAGAACUUGGACGUAACGUCUGUCGACGAAACGUUAGCAGAAGCUGGAGUCAAACUUGAGGAGGCUAUUCCACCCGCUCCAGAAAUGGAUGAGGAAAUAGACAUUGUAGUUGAGCAGUUCACCGGGUAUAUUGUUGCCGUGCAGGAGUGGGGUGCGUGGUUUGGUCCUGCUAAGGCCACGCUGGGAAAUUGUACAGAGCCUUACGAGAACAGGAAAAGUUUGGAGGAUUUAAACGAUCAAUUACAGGUACUUCUUGACGAAAUGGACAAAAACGACCAACUAAUCGGUGAAGUUUACAACAAGGGCGACAUUCUGCUCCAGGUCAUCUCGGGUCAUAGUAAGGCCACCGUGGAAAGCGAGUUGAACCAGUUAGAGAAAGACUGGGCAGUGUUCUGUCAGGACGCAUCGUCAAUCAAAGCCGUGAUCGAGGAGACUAUUCAAAUGUGGAACGACUUUGAAGAGAACAGAGACAAACUGGCCGAGUGGCUGGGAGAACUGGAGCGGACACAUACGGAGUUGUUUACGGGACCAGCAAAUCUUGAAGCGCUCAAGGAAAAGUUGGAGGAGAAAAAAAAUUUACGCAAGGAAAUGAGUAUCCAAGAACUUGUACUAGACUUUGUGAACGUGAAAGGCCAAGAACUGAGUAGCAAAGUUGAAGAGAAUCAAUCAAUAGAAGCUGAUCUUCAGCAAAUUAACGACAUGUGGAACAACGUACAAGAGCUGGUCUCAGAACGAACUAAAGAUCUCAGAGGCAUGGUAGCCGAGCUGAGUAACUUUGAAGAGGACCUUGGUCGUCUCGGAGAUAUCCUGAACUACACGGAAGUGUGCCUUCAUGAGAUCGAGAGCUCUAAAGCUCCAGGGUACAAUGGGCUUCAAAAUCAACUUGCUAAACUGAAGGCCGUCGCAAACAGUUUUGAGGGCCAUAUGGUACAGUCCUCCAAUGUACACGAGCGAGGUUCCCGCCUUAGGGAACGCUGCAACAGUGAGGGAAGGGUGACAAUCGAUGGUAAACUUCAGACACUUCAACUCCGCUGGUCAGAUGUAAAGGAAAAGAUCUCCAGUAAAGUUCAGGACGUUGAAGGCGAAAUUGGCGAAUGGUCAAAUUUUACAAAGGAAGUGGAUCAACGGUUAACUGAACUGCGCAACUCAGACAUCAGUCUGGGGGUCGCAAUUAUUAGCACAGCGGAACUCAAAGUGUUAGAGGACCAACUCGCUUCGGUUAAGACCCUUUGUGACCAACUUGAACAAACUCAGCCUCAGAUAGCACAACUAUUGACCAAUGGCCGCCUUCUGUUGGACAAGGUCCCGAAUGAAGACCGCGCCUUCCUAGAGAGCCAAUUAAAUACACUUGAAGAGUUGCAAGCCAGCGUAAUUCGCAAGUCGUUAACAAAGCAAGAAGAACUUAUAAAGUGUAUCGUUCAACAAGAAGAUUUUCAGACGCAAGUUCAGAGUUGUAUGCAUGUGCUGGAGGAGGUGGAAACAUCUUUGGGAGAGUGGGAGCUUGGAAUAGCUUCUGGACUGGAUGAAAUGAAGGAGAAGCUGUCUCUUUGUGAGCCCUUGCUUGCGGAGUUGCAGACGCAAAAAGAAUUUGUUAACAACCUCAGCGACAAGGGAAAGAAAAUCGUUCAAGAUAAUCCUCAAAAGAAACGAGAAACGUUAGAAAAACUGAGAGCUGUCGGUGAUAAGUGGAAAAGGGUCCAUAGGCUGGCCACUGAGAAAAAAGAUUACCUGAUAAAAUGCAUUGCAGAGGUGGAAACAUUCGAGGUGAAGUACAAUGAAUGUAUGGAAGUUCUCGAGAAAUUCUCAAAUAAUGCAGUGGAAAUGACAGAUACUCAUAAAGACUUGUCGCACGUGGAAUCUUCGGUAGAUGAAGUGCUUCGCGUUGGACUUCGAAUUUCGUCUCUUCUCCCGGAAAAUGAGCGGGAAGUCUUGGAGGCGCGCCUUGAGAAGCUGCGUAUAACUUGGAAAGAGAUGUGUGGCGUUCGUGAGGAAUCUGUACGUGUGCAUGAGCGCGACGUCAUAAAGAAAAAAGAAGCUAAAAGUUUUAAUCAAGCGAAUCAAGACUUUGUGCUUGAAGUCGAGGAUUUCAGCUCUUGGUUAAAUGAGGCAGAGAACAUUUUACAGAUAAACAUGUUUUCUGUUCCAGAAGAAGAGCAGAUGGACGUCAUUCGGAAUCAGGAGAGGCUGUAUAACGAAAUCCAACAACAGAGUUUGGUUGUAAACGACAUCAUGACCAAAGGUAGAGAGGUGUCUGCUCGAAUGAACGAGGAGGAGAGAGCUAGUAUUAAAAAGCAGCUUGAAGGUCUGUCUUCGCGAUGGGAGAAAGUUCGAACUCUAUCUGAGUUACAAGGUGACGAGAUUGAACGGUGCAUCGGAGAACAGACAGAUUAUUACGAACAGUUAGAAACGUGUGUUCUUUGGAUGCAAGAAGCCAGUGCCACCAUCGCAGCCGACGGGGCACAGCCUAGUGAUGUAGAGGGUAUCAAGGCCGAGUUGGAGAAGCAUAAGGAGCUUUGUCAGGAAUUAACUCGCAGAGAGGAGAUGGUGCAGGUCGUAAUGGAGAAAGGGAAGAAACUUUGCGAUAAACUCCCUCCCGAGGAAAGGGCAUCUGUGAUGGAACAACUGACUCGUGUUAAAGAUGAAUGGACCAAGUUACAUCAUGAAUCUAAAGAAAAGGAGAAAGAAUUGAGGAGGUGUCUCGGGGAAAUAGUCGAAGAUGGGAAGGAUGAUUAUGCAAAGAUAGUGGAGAAAAAGUUAUGGACCGUGAGUGGAUUAAAGGGCUGGCUAACGGAUGCGCGUGAGAGAGCUGAUCAAAUUGACUUAGCGUCAGUUCAAAGUAUUGAGGGGUUGGAAGAAGCUUUGAAAGUCUGUUGUGGAGUGAAGAAUGAAUUCCUUGAAAAGAAAGCCACUUUUGAUGAGCUGAUGCUAACAGGAAAAGAAAUAGCAGCCGAGUUGGAGAGCGAUAAUCCGGGAACAGGGGAGGUCGUUACAGGCCAGGUAGACGCACUAAAAACCGAAUGGGAAAACGUCCGGGAAAGCAUAGAAAAGCAAGAUAACGUACUCCGAUAUGCUCUGAAACAGGUUCAAAAGUUAGAAUCGGAUUUCGAAAAAGUGGAACUAAGUUUGGUGGGUGCCCAGUCCAAGCUGAAUAAUAUAUCCAGUGACGACGAGCUCAAUGCCGUGGAAUUGGAGCUGCAGAGUUUGCAAGGACUUUUAUGUGAUGUUGAAAUGUGCGAAGCCGAAAUAGCCUCUAUUGAGACCGAGAGUCAGAUGGUCCCUUCAAGCUGUCAAGCAAUACAGGAUGAGUUCAACAGCCGCGUUUGCGAACUGACACAUAAACUGUUGAAAGUAAAGGGGAAUAUCUCUAGCAAGAUUCAGGAAGACCAAGAGACGCUAGACCAGCGAGAGCAGUUAGUGACAGAGUUGAUGGAAUGUCAACAGUUGAUUAAAAAGGUGGAAAACUCUACAAGCGAAGAUUUAACAAUGGAAAAGAUACCGCUGUUGGAAGAAGGAAUUGUAUUCACAAAAGAAGCUUUGUCUUCUCUAGAGAACGCGGUGGCGUCUGUUCACACCAAAACCGGAGAAAUUCUUAGUAAAUUGAAACCAGCCGAGCAGUCUGCGUUACAAGCAGAAAUAAAUGAUUUAUGGUCACAGUGGGAAUCCGUUGGAGGAAAUACCUCUAAGAGGGUCGAGAUUCUUGAAAAGCAUAUUGCAUCUUGUAGAGAUUUUGGCCGAACGAUGGAUAAUUGCAAGGAGUGGAUCAUUAAAGCAAAAGACGAAAUUUCGAGGUCAGAGUUUGUUUCCGUCGAUAUUCCCUCCCUAGAAGAGCAUGUUGCAAGUUUGAAGACCAUCAUUGGUGUGAGUAAAUCCUCCGAGAAUGUAGUGAGUGUACUGCUGGGGAAGGGUGAGGUGGUUUUAAAAGAUAUCGACGAUAUGGAUAAGGAAAUGUACGAAUCGCAAGUGGCCGAGUUGAAAAGUUCUGUCAAAGAAGUACAAGAGCGAUCGGCAAUGGAAAUUGCUAAGCUACAGGAGAGAAUUAACGAGAGCAAAACUUUUCAAGAGGCGUAUCAGGAAUUGAAGUCGUGGGUCGAGAACGAGUUGAUCGAAACUUGCUCUGAACAGGUCCAAAGUUCCUCCGUAGAGGAAAGACUAAAAGAGCUUGAAUUACGACGACAGUUGGUCUUGUCUAAGGAGAGUGAACUCAAACAUUUACUUGAAAAUGCAGAGAAACUACUGAACAAAGCUAACGACGCUGAAAAAGAAACGCUACAGUAUCAAUUGUCAAACUUACAGAGCUCUUAUGCAGAGCUGAAAAGCAAUGUGGAUGUCUGUCUGUCAUCAUUGCAAGGUGAAAAUGAAAACGCGAAAGAAUUUGAAGCUGAGUUGAGACAGUGCAGGGAUAUCUUGCAGGAAAUUGAAAACACCGUGUUGUCUGAGACGCCAUGUUUUACUGACAUAGAGGAAAUGGAAGCUUACGUCGAAGACUUGAAGAAGAAGUUCGAAGAUGCUUUGUCUCAAAGAUCCUUGGUUUUUCGCCUUAGCGAGAAGAAAGAUCAAACUUCGACAUCAAAAGAUGCCACGGAUGGUUACUCAGAAGUUGUAGAUAAAUGGAAAAUGUUGCUCGCUCGCUUCUCGGAUAAGAUAGCGGAUACAGAACGUCGAAUUGCUUUAGAGAAAGAACUAAAUGACAGCUGCGAAGAAGUCAUUAGUUGGGUAGAUAAUGUCGAAAAGGAAAUAUCUUCUGUGUCCGACCAUUCUCAAGGAAUGGAAGAGGUCGUUGGACAGGUUGAGAGACUCAAAAGUUUGAGCAAUGAAUGCGCCUCUUAUGAACAAAUAAUGGAAAGGUUACGAAGUAAAGUAGAAAAUUCACCACUUGAAACAAACGAGGGGUUUAAGUCAGAACAAGAAGGUCGACUUAGUUCGUUGGAAGCCAAAUUCGAAGAAAUGCACAAGCGUUUGUCGGCAAAGCUCGGAGAUGUGGAACACUGCGUAAAUGAUGUUAGUGACGUUACAGAGCAAAUAUCUUCGUGUAAAGAGUGGUUGUCGCAGAAAAAGGAAUUGAUAGCUAAUAACGAAGAAGUUUUCGAGCUUGGAAACAUACCGCAGCUUGAAGAAGAGCUUUUCGAAUGCCAAAAUCUAAAUAAUGAGUCGACCACAGUGCUAGAUGGUAUUAUGCAAGCCAAAGAAAAGGUUGGUCAAGGCAUUGGGAAAGUUUCAACUGCGAUAGAAGAUUCGCUCUCACAAGAACUUAACAGUUUGUGCGACACUUUGAUGGGAUUACAGGAUGAGUCGGCCGCCAAGUGCGUGGAAUUGGAGCAGCAUCUCAGAGAAGCAGAGGAAUUUCAAGACGAAGUAACACAUUAUGAAAACUGGUUGCACCAAGCAAAUGACGUCUUCCAGAAGCCUUUACAGUGUCCAGUGAGCUGGAACAUUUUGGCUGAACAUCUUAAUGAGUUGCGUUAUUUGCAAACUGGUAUGGAUGAUAAACAAGAGGAGUUUCGCAGUUUUCUUGAGAGGAAUAAAGACCUUGUUGCACAUAGCGGAGUUCAAGACAGGCUGGUAAAAGCAAGUGAGAAUUUUGAAGAUCUUGAUAAAGAACUCCCCCAGCUUCUGAAGGAAACAGAGGUGAAGAUCAACGAAUACACGGAAAGCAAAAGACAGUUAGAGGAAUCGCUAGAAUGGUUAAACAAUGCCGCUGAAAUUGUUGAUUCUGCUAUUAUGUACUCUUUGGAUGAUUCAAGGGCGGAAAAGCAGUAUGCUGAGCUAAAAGAGUUGCUGCCCAAAAUUGAAUCAUAUUAUGAUGUAUUGAUCUCGAUGGAAGAGAAAAACAGAGGUUUGGAUGUUGUUGAAGAGAAAGAUGACGGCAAUCUUCAGGGAAAACUUGAUUCCCUUAAAAAGAAAUGGGAAAUACUUAGAGGAGAUGCAGUUGAUAAGGAAGACACCUUACUGGCAUUUCUUCAAGCGAAAGACAAUUACAACGUUUGCUUAGAACGUUGCAAGGCAGCUUUAGACGAAUUAAAGAACUAUUCUGUAGAUGGUGGUCAAUAUUCAGCGGAUAAAGACAACUCAAACGUCCAGCUUGAAAAACAGAGACAGCAAGUUGAGAAAUGCCAGGAACUUGAAGAGCAGAUUCGUUUAUUAGAAGAGGAAGGUAAUCAUGUGACAGGCAAGUGUGAUGAACUGAGGGGGUCGUUGCAAGACAAGUUGAAGGAAGUUAAGGGUGAAUGGCAGAACAUUAGUACACAUGCUCGUAUUAUGCAUGAACAACUUGAGUCAUGGAUUAGCGAAGUUGGAGACAUUCAUGGUGAUGUUGAAGUUUGUUUAGCUCGCGUUAAAGCGCUGCAUGAAUCUCUUCAGAACUGUGAUUCAGAGAGAUCUGAUAUUCAAACUGCAAACGAAGUCCUUGGUCAGCUUAAGCAAACGGCUUCAGAGCUUGAAUCAGAGAAGACAAAUGUUGAGAGCCUUGUUGAGAAAUGUGAUAUGCUUUUGACAAGGGUCGAUUCCAGCGAAAAGCCACAAUUAGAAAAGUCGACUUGGGAGCUUCAAACAGCGUUGAAUGAGGCGGAUAAAUAUUCAAAAGAAAGCGUCCAUCGCGCAGAAGAACGAAUAACUAAUAUUAUUGAGUUAGAUAAAGAGUCAGCUCGCUGUGAAAGUUUACUAACCAUUUACCAAGCGGCUGUGCCUGUCGAUGUUUCUUAUACAGUGGAAACCUUGGAAGAUCAAAUGGGAAAGCUCAAAAGACUUUAUGGAGACAUGGAAUCACGUGACAAUCACAUGGCAGCCUUGUGGGAGAGGGAAGCGAAGCUGUUAUCUGACGACAUCAAUCACAGCGGACGUAAUACCCCUAGUGGAAAAGCUGGACAUCUGCAAGGAGAUUGGGGAAAGCUCAAAGCUUCAGUAGGAGAAAAGCUGCGCGAGCUUGAGCGUUUAGCUCAGACAAAAAAAGAUUUCGAAGAAGACUAUAAUACUUGCCAAGAAGGUAUUCAGGAACUCGAAGCUGCAAUUUUAGCACGCGAUAAAGAUAGAGGAUCCGUGGAGGAACGAGUGGAGAAAAUGCAGGAGCUGUGCUCCAGAAUCAAAUCCUACCGUAACAAACUUGAUCUUCUUACCGAUCGAUGCGAUGAGCUUCCAAAUGUUGCUUAUGAACAGAAAGAUCUUGAUCCCAAACGAAAGCUGACGGUUGUUGUUAGGAGAUGGGAAGAGGUUAAAGACGAGGCCUUGGGAAAACUAAACGAACUAGAGAAAGAGAAGGCCGAGGUAAAAAAUGUUGCGCAAGACAUCGCGAAGUUGCAAUGCUGGGUGCAGGAUGUUUGUACUCCUUUUACCCACACAGACAUUCCACCAGUAGUUCAGAUGGACGAAUUAGAAAACGCUCUUAUUGCUAACACAGAAUUCCGUUCUAUUCUGGAAACUAAAUACAAACUUUUUCAAGAACUGUUGGCGCGGUGUAACAAGAUCAAAGGGGAAGGACAGCGUAAAGAGCAGCUGCUGUCGAAGCUUCAAGAGAUAUCUAGUAAUUUAAAAAAUGUAAAAGAAAAAUUGGGAGACAGGGAUGCUGAGAUUAAAAGCCGCACCAAGCAACAUACCAAACUGGUAACUGAUCUUGAUCGCACAAGGAACUUGUUGAUGGAAGUAAGAGGCCAACAGAACCCUGAGUCAAGUGAUCUUGAAAGCGAAAGCUGGAUAAGUGAAAGAAUUACAUCAAAGAGAGUUGCUUUGGCGAAACUCGAUUCCUGUGAGUUGCCUUUCAUCACGGACCAAAUUGCUAAAGCAAGCGCUAAGCGGAAAGACGUCGGUGAGAAUGCGAUAGAAAAAGAUUUACGAGAGUUAGCGGAAGAAGUACAUGCAACACAACAGCAGCUUGGUGAAGAAAUAAUCCAGCUGGAAAAACUGAAGGACUUUGAUAACGAGUGCAUAGCGUUAUUAACACUGUACAAAAACCUUUUAGAAAAACUCGGUACCGUUGACUUGGACGUCAUCGCCAAAAAUGGUGAGGUAGAGCAGACUGAGGAAGAACUCGUCGUAUGCCAGGCAGUUGAUCAAGAGUUUUUGGAGAGGGAAAGAGAUUAUGAAUCAUUGACUGGGAAUGAGGAUAUGAUGGUGAGUUUUACUCCUCAAGAAAGGAAAGAAGAAAUAAAAAGACGAUUUCGUCUGCUGAAUGAGACGAGAACUAGGUUGAAAGAGUUGAUUCCUAAACGAAUCGAAGAAUUACGAAAUCUGGUUGCCGAGCAGCAGACCUUGGGAGGCUGGCUUAAGUCUUCGGAAAAUUUAGUUGCUGAUGCUGUAAUGUUGCUGGAGGAAAACGAGACCAGCGUAACUCUUGAUAGCAACCGGAUGUCAGAGCGGUUGAAAGCUCUUGCUGCCCACAUUACCAAGAUUGAUGAGUAUCUCACAUAUGCCGGAAGCUUCCAAGAAAGCGUUAAGGCACACGAAGUUGCAAAGGUGAAAGCGCGGAUGUCUGAACUGAAGCAACUGUUGCUGAAUGCUGAUAAUGAUUGCAAGCACUUUACGGAAGACUGUGAACUGUUUGAAAGUGAAAGCAGGGAAGCCGCGGUGAUAUUUGAACGAUCUGCCGCUGAACACCAAGUUCCUGUAUCUUUGCAGGAUGCUCAAGAAAAACUGGAAAAUUUAAAGGAGUUACAAAAAGACGUCGAAAUUAGACAAAAAUCCUCGAACACACGAGGUGAACAGGUCAGCGGAAAACUGAAUGAGGUUGAGCGGAAAGAGUUCAUGGACAGACUUCGAAUGCUGAACGAAGAUUGGCAGAAAGCGAAAGAUCAGUUGAAUGAACAACGUUUGCUUCUCGAAGAUGGAAUAUCCAGCUGUAUGAAACAUCUUGAUAUGGUGGAGCAAGCAAAGUUAGAAGCUAAAGAAAUUGACGCACUGCUCUAUGAUAUAAACUCUACUACGGAGGCAGACAUGUCAGCGUUAGAACCGAAAACUCAGGAUUUAAGAGGGAAACUAGAGAUUUUCGAAUCUCUUAUGGGAAGCAUGACAGAUGUUGCGUCAACAAUACCUUGGAAGGAGUCCAUGGAUCAAGAGUCCGCUGCAGUUAGUUUCAAAGCACUUCGCAACGACGCCAGAAAGAAACAACAAGAACUGCACGAGACUAUUUCGUCUCACAAACAAUAUCGCGAAGCAUUAGUUAAAGCAAAUGUUUGCCUGCGUGAAAUAGAGGAGAGGCUCGAGGAUGAAACGCUAAACAGAUCCGACUUUGAGGAAUGCCGGCAACAGUUAUAUGAUGUCACUCCCCUACUCCAGAUCGUGAGAGAAAAGGCCAAACUUCUCACUACGAUGAAACCUAAUGGAUCGCAGGGACGAGAUGAGGUACAAGAUAAAGUCGAUGAGUUAGGUGAGAAAUGGGAGGCAUUGCAGACAAAACUCCAUGACAAAAUAGCAGAAACAGAGCAAUGUCAUGCAGUAAAUGCUCUGAAUGACGAGAUGGAGACAGUUUCCAGAAGGUUGGACGAAUUGGCGGCGUCAACAGAAGACCUUACAGCGUCCAGUUAUGAUUCCACGAGAGUUUUAGAGCAAAGGGAGAACUAUGAGACCAUCAGCAAAGAGGUUUCUGAUCUUCAUGGUUCCUUUGAAGACCUCGAUAGCAGAUGUCAACAUCUGAUGAACUCCGUCCCUUUGAAAGAAAGCGAGGAGCUUGGGGAACAGCUUGCCACGCUUAAAGCCAAAUGUGAAAAUCUUGAAGAUCAUGUGGCCGAGAAAGAGGAGGAGUUUGAAGAGACACUUUGGAAGUGGCAGGAAUUCCAGAACGAUAUGGACACGUGCUUUCGCAACUUGGCCAUGAUAGAGAAGUCUUUGGAUUUCCAGUCCAUUGAUGAUGGAGAAUUGGAGGAUCGAAGAGAGACACAUCAGAUGCUAUCAGACAAUUUGGACUUCCAGGAGUCUAUUAUCCUUGAAGUCAAGGACAGAGCAAGUGAAGUCCUUGGGCUUUUCCCUCCCCCAGACGUCGAUAAGGCUAAAGUCAAAUUGAUUUCCCUUGAUCAGCGGUUUCUCCAUGUGAAAGAACGCCUUCAGAGGAGACAAGAGGAGAUGCUUAAGUCUUCCAUUGACUGGCACGAAUUUGAGUGCGGGCUCAAGAGCUGUUUGGAAUGGGCGCUAAGGGCAGAGGAGCGCUUGUCGCGCGAAUUAGGUGUGCCUGAAAACGAGGUUGAUGCUGUAAGACUCAAGGCGUUUAGCCAUGAAUUGGAUGUGCGACAGGGUGACUUCGAGAGUAUUCGCAGCCAAGGCGACCGUUUGGUUUGCCAGCUUAGCGAUCAGUCCGAACGAGAGGUGCUUCAAAAGCAGAUGGAUGAUAUAUCGGAUCGAUUGGAUCGUAUCCAGAAUCUGGUAAACGACAGAGGACAGAGAAUAGGCGAGAGAACUCACUACGGAGUUGUAGAUUUUGAAGAGUCACUGAGAUUGUGUUACGAAAGAAUCGACCAGUUUAAAAGCAAGUUGCAGGAAAUCGAGAAUUUGGAAUCACACAACGAAGGGAAUAAUAAGUUACAGGAUCUUCAUUCAGAAGUUGAAUUCCUUCAAAGUAUGGCAAGAAAUAUACAUGAGCAUGGCCAAGCAUUACUCUCGGAAAUUACCGAUAUGGAAAAAGACGCCGUGAAAGAAAAGCUGGAAAGAUUACAACAAGCCAUUGAUGCUCUUGGAGAGAUCCCUGUUGUGCCGGUGUUCCAGCCUUGUAACGCGGCGCCCAGAGGGAGUGAGGGAGCGUCAUCUCUCGAUGGUCCGAUGGAUGCGCAUGAUAUGGCAGAAAAUGGAGAUUCUGAUUUGGGAGACUCAGAAAGCGGCGUCUCAUCGAUGGAAUCCUUUGAAGGCCCUCUACGCAAAGAAAAUGGACGCGCUUCGAACGAAGAUGGAGUGCAAGAAAAUGGCGUUUCACGGUAUUGCCUUGGAAACGACGAUUUGGGCGACAAUGAACUUCUUGAAGGCGGGAUCUCUGUUUCACCGGACGAGUAUCAGCGAAUACGAUUGAGUAAGAGCGGGGAAUCAAACGAGGAGAUCACAGCUUCUUCUGACCCUGUCGGUUUGGAAAACGGCUUUAACACACAGAGUGAUGACGAAAGUUCACGUGCUGAUUCACGGAGAUCCGAAGUUAGCGUGCCCAUCGUGACUGUAACAGACGAGGAUGGGACUCCCGCGGAGGUACAAUUUGCCGAGAACGCAACGGAGGAAAAUUUGGGUAAUGAAGGGUUUGGUGAUCAGGCGGGUGAAUUCUUCUUUGACGAUUUUGAUGUCUAUUGUGGAAAUCGCCCUGAGGAAGAUGUUGAUGAUACGGACAAAUCACCUGAGCGUAACCGCAUGGACGAUGAAGAGUUUGAAGGAGACCUUCCAAAAAGUGAUAAUGUUACAAACAAGGAAAGUAAUUCGGACACUUCACUCACGGAUGGAACUGUUGAUCUUUCACAAAGUGGUGAAAAUUCUGGCAGACAUGCGAAUGACAUUUCAGAAAUAGCACUCACACCGAGAGGUAGUCAACUGAAAGAUGAUCUGGACAUUUCCGACGUCGCUGAACUUGGCGAGGACGUUCUGCGACAUAGUACACCAAGUGAGUUUGUUGUGACAACCGCAGAUGAAGUACAUACGACGCCAGGUCUGUUAGAAAGAACAGCUGAUUCUACUGAGGUGUUUGCUAAUGUUACUGAAACCUGGGUGCCCCCGCUGAUUGAGGAGAAAAUGAACGGAGAUAGCUCUUUAGAUAGAGAUCAACUUGUGGACUCCCAAAAUCUUAAUUCGACUGAGGACAUAACUCCACCGAAGCCACGUGACCCGGGCGCUAAAUCCGAUAUGGAACCAAGCUUUGUGAGUUUAGGGCCAAACGAAGAAAUGGGUGAACUCGACAAACUACUGAAUAUCAAAGGGAAUACCGCAGAGGACAACGCUACAAACACUGAGGAGGAAAAACCACACGACAAAAUCGCCUCCAUUUUAUCAGAGAGGCGCAAGGCGGAGGAGGCUGAAAGGCUCCGAUUUGCUGAGAACUCGGUUAGAGACGCUGAUUAUGAGCUGUUCUCCUCUCGACCCUUAGACCUUAUUGAUAGAAGCUCCCCGUUAAAGGAUCUUGAUGAGUCGGAAAAUCUUUUGCAUGAAAACAUGUCUUUGGACGCAUUUCUUGUGGAGGUUGAAAAGUUGUUGGAAAAGUUGCACUCCAUUGAGGAAUUGCUUACCACUGACUUGGAGGAUGAGGACAGUGUAAAAGAUGAGUUGGCUAAACACGUGGCUCUGUGUGUUCUGAUGUCGAAGCAACAAGAUCGUGUUGAUCAAAUGAACGUAUUGUCUCACGGUUUCCUUCAUGACAGUGCCAGUAUGAAUAUCAUUCUUGAAGAGCGGCUUCGAGAGGUCAACGCUCUUUGGAAAGAGGUUCAAAUGCGAGCGUCGUCGAAGCAAGAAGUUCUAGAGCGCUGCGUCCAAGAACAAACGCAGAACUUGGAGAGCACUCGACAGCAAGAAGUCACCGCGUUCACGGAAAACUUCUCAUUUUUGAGGUCGCUUUAUCUGACGGUCGACUGCUGUGAUGAAGAUUGCGUAAGUAGACGGGCUGAUGCUCUCGAAGCAAAGACGGUUGAAGAGUUUUACGAUCAGGAACUAAGUAAUCAAAUUGAACUUCAUGAAUUGUUUGAGGAAUUGGCUUCCGUGGAGGAAAGUGCUGUAUCCGAAUUGGUAUUGGAAGGUGACUUGACGAGGCACCAGGAUCAGCUGACAAGAUUACAGGAACUCAUACAGAACCUUACGAGAUUAAAGAACAAGUUGGAUGGUGUCUCACGUCGAUUAUCUUCAUCUACACCAGAAGACGAAAAUCUCCAGCAGCAAGUCUCGGACCUUAAUAGUUUAAUGAGAGGCGUUGUCAAGCUAGUCCUGUCCAAACAACAACACCUGCGGUCAGCAGUGGAAACGAUGGUCAAAGUUGAAUCAGCGUUGCUGAAUAGAAGAGAUUUUGAAGCGAAGCUCCAGGAAUGGUCACAGCUUUUGGGUGAAAUUGAAGACUUUGUAAAACAUUUGGGGCCUUUUAACGAGGAUGAGAAAGAUUUAGAGUUGCUUUAUUUCGAGUUCUUGCAGAGUCAUGCGGUAAUCCAUGAGUCCCUUCAUGAUUUCUUAUACAAAGAAUCCUCUAGAGGCGCCAGUCCUCACAAGAAGGCACGUCUUGCUGACCUGAAUAAACGCUGGGGUAGAAUACGCACCAUUCUGCAAAAUCGAGAAAGGAAAUUAAAGGCUUUAGGUUUGUUAGUUUCUGAGGUGAAGACUCCUGCAAGACAACCUCUACAGGAAACCAUCGUUCCUGAGAAGGAGGAAGUAGUUUUGGCUUCACCACCUAGGGAGAUACAAACGCCGGAGGCUAAAGAUACCCCGCGGAGCAAGUCUACCUCUCCCGCCCGGGAAAUAAAGACGCCCCCGAGCGUGGAAAAGAAGUCUCCAAGGACAAAAAAGAAACAGUACGAAGAAGAAUUACAGGAAUUCUCCGUGUGGUUAACUGGUCAAGAGAAAGCAUUUCAUGAUCUGGUUGAUAAUGAGAGUUUGCCGCCUACAAUGGAAGCUCUGAGGGAAAGACUGAAGCAGUUCCAGGGCUUUUCCCGAAGCAUUCAGAGCCAAAAGUCGAGAGUGGAUAUGAUGCGACACUAUGCGACGCAAGGCGGAGAACGCGUGGAUGCUGAUGUCGUCGGUCCUAAGUACGAAGAUGUGGCGAAAAUUGCCGAUAGCAUGUGCGAAGUUUGCGAGGAGAACGCCGAGUGGCUAAAGUCGGUAUUAAUCCAGUGGCAUUCUUUUGAUGAAUCUUUGAGAAAGUUCAAUUCGUGGUUGGACAACUUAACUCGAAAAUCAUUCGCUCUUGCAAGGGAAAUGCGUGAAGAUCAUAUUGAUGCUGUUUUGAUCAAAAUGAUGAAGUAUCGUGAACUAGACCGAAAACUUACGGAGCGACAGCCGAGCAAAGAUGGUUUGGUGUAUGAGGCGGAACAGGUUCUCACUGCAACAGGCAAUGCAGAUGUCCAGACUUCUCUUACUCAAUUCCGAGAGAGAUGGCGCGCCCUACGUCAAGAAACCCGUGGCGAGCGUCAACGCAUGGAACGGCUCCUGCAGCUUUGGCGGGAAUAUCAGACUGGUGUUGAUGAACUGGUCGACUGGCUUAUGUCCAUACUUAGUCUGAUGAGGAACGAUGAGAUCUGCGACGACAGUUUGGAUAUGAUCGAGGGGCAACUGGAACAAGUGAGGCAUUAUCAAAGUGAAGUGUAGCGUCAGCAGUCCAUCAAAGACAACUUGGAUGAAAUUGCGUCGCAGUUGGAAGAAUCGACUCGUGGACAUGCG